AUGACCAGAGGCGUGAACCAUCGUCCGGUGGAGCUGUUCGCUAACACUCCCAGACGGUUGGAUGACGGCAACGUCCUGGAUGCUCAAAGUCGGACCCUUCAAUUGCAUCGCAGCCUUCGCGUUAGUUUCCUUGACCCUGAUCUCCUCUACCUGAGAUACCUUUCGCGCUUACAGCGGCUCUGCUCGUACCUGGCCCGCGAUUCACGACUCGUACCCCUUCAGUCAGCCACGUUCGAGAAGCUCAGCGGAGCUGCAACGAGCGCAGCAAGCCAGUGGUCCUCUCUGUUCCUGAACAUGAUCUAUGCUUGCGCAUGUUCAUCGAGCAUUCGCACCACAACUCCCAUUCGCCACAUAGAAUCAUCAGCCCCCAAGGGAGAUGAACUGACGCUUGCAUCCUCGCUCCUCUCCACGACCUCUUAA